CUUCCUCUGCAAAUACCAAAUACGCGUAAACCCAAAGACUCGGACACUCGGUGCUUCUAUAUUAAGCUUCCCAAUUUACUCUCCAACAUUUUCUCAGUGCCAUCCAUUCUCACUCAUUCAAAUUCCUUUUCUAAUUUUGCUCCUUUCUUCUCUACUUCUUCUUUCACAUCCCCAAAUGUCAUCUUUUCUCUUAAGACUCUUCCUUCUUCACAAUCUUUUCAACUCUUUUCUCCUCUUGUUAAUCCCCAAAAAGCUCCGAUCUUUCCUCCCCACUUCCUGGUGCCCUACGCUGCCACAGCCAACGCCACCCUCUGCCAUUGUUUCCCCUCAAAAACCUCCACAAACUUUCAUUUCCUUGAAAAAAAUGGACCCAGCUGGGGUUGAUCGCGUUUUUCAGAUGUUUGAUCGCAAUGGGGACGGGAGGAUUUCGAAGCAAGAGCUGAGUGUCUCGUUGGAGAAUAUCGGAAUCUUCAUCCCCGACGCCGAGUUGGCUCAGAUGAUUGAACGGAUCGACGUGAACGGAGAUGGGUGCGUCGACAUCGACGAGUUCGGGGCGCUGUACAAGUCUUUGAUGGUCGAGAGAGAGGAGGAGGAUGAAAACGACAUGCGAGAGGCGUUCAAUGUGUUUGAUCAAAAUGGUGAUGGGUUCAUCACGUUCGAUGAGUUGAAGCAGGUGUUGGGGUCGUUGGGGCUUAAGCAAGGGCGCACCGCAGAGGAUUGCAAGCAGAUGAUCAUGAAGGUUGACGUGGACGGUGAUGGGAUGGUUGAUUAUAAGGAGUUUAGGCAGAUGAUGAAGGGUGGAGGAUUUAGUGCUUUGGGUUGAUUUUUUAUUUUGUUUUAAUUUCUUUGUUUCUUUGGAAUGAGUUAGUGGAGUUCUUUGUGUUGAGUCAAUCAGAGGGUGUACAUAUUUUGGUGGAAUUUUGUGAUUGGGGAUCGACGAUCAACAAGAAGACACGUGGAUGAUGCAUGUCAUAUAUAUAUUUUUUUAUUUUCGGUCGAGA